GGGGGGGGGGGGGGAAAGAAAAACAGAUGAGUUUCCAGGAUCUUGAAGCGGGUCUUGUUAGGCCACAACCACACAAUUACUUAAAUUCUCCUCAGCGAGAUACACGAGAUGCUUCGCCUUCGCACUCGCUGGCGGCUGGGAUUUUCAAAAUCAGAACUGCCAUUUUGGCCUUUGAUCGCCUCGUUAAUUUCCUCGGUACCCCUAAGGACACCGUUGAAUUACGCGACAAGUUGCAUAAGACAAGGCUACAUAUUGGGCAGCUGGUCAAAGAGACUUCAGCUAAACUAAGGGAAGCAAGUGAAGCUGAUCAAGAUGCAGAACCCUUAAAGAAAAUUGCUGAUGCUAAGCUUGCGAAAGAUUUUCAAGCUGCUCUUAAAGAUUUUCAGAAGGCUCAAAGGCUUGCGGCUGAGAGGGAAACAGCAUAUACACCUUCUGUUCCCAAGGGAGACCUUUCUUCUAGUUUUGAUGCUCAUGCGGUGGAGAAAAAAUCAUCAAAGAGUCUAGAGCAGCAACAGCUUCUGGUUUCAAAAAGACAAGUACUGUUGGAAAAUGAAAUCACAUUUAAUGAAGCUAUUAUUGAAGAACGAGAUAACGGGAUCAAAGAAGUUCAGCAACAGAUCAGUGAAGUGAAUGAGAUUUUCAAAGAUCUAGCAAUUUUGGUCCAUGAGCAAGGAGCCAUGAUUGAUGACAUUGGUUCUAACAUUGAGAAUUCCCAUUCUGCAACUGUUCAAGCUACUUCACAUCUUAAAAAGGCAUCCAAGAACCAGAGAGCAAAUUCAUCAACAAGAUGUUUGCUGGUGUUAAUCUUUGGGAUCAUCCUCCUUAUUUUCAUCAUAGUUGUUGUGGCUUAGCAUAUUCGGCAUCUCAAGGUUAAAAGUUCUCUAAAUCUGUGUAACGAACUCAUUCGGGUGAUUUACUAUCCGAACUAUACUGCCAUAUGGAAUCUGUAUUAAUAAUUUCUAUAUGCUGUAGGGGUAAGAUCCUCCUGGAGGUUCUUAGUUUUGCAGCAAAGCAUGUAUUGCACCCAUUGCCUCAUUUAAUAAAAUUUCAAAGUGAAAAUAUGUAUAUU